AAAACAUUUAUUUAUCCAAGCACUUAAGAUGAAAAGAAAUAGUUGAAGUAAAAAAAAAAACAUCUUAUAAAAGUGUUGUUUUGUAACCUGUUUGGUAACGUGUGUGUCAACGUGACCGACUCUCAGCUGGAACGUGAGCCGAAGGAAGGGAGUCAGACCCGGCGAGAAGCUGCCUCAGACGGACCGCUGAGAAGAUUGUGGUUGUUCUUCCUAGCUAAAGACAACAAAAACCAUGUCUGCUUCACGGACUAUUAUUUGUUUACUAAGAAACGACUUAAGACUCCACGACAAUGAGCUGUUCCACUUUGCUCAAAAGCACGCGGACUACAUUGUGCCGCUGUACUGCUUUGACCCCAGACACUACGUGGGAACGUACAACUACAACCUCCCAAAAACCGGACCUUUCCGUUUGCGCUUCUUGCUGGAAAGUAUCCGAGAUCUGAGGAAGACUUUGGUCAACAAGGGCAGCAACCUCGUGGUAAGACGGGGCAAGCCAGAGGAAGUCGUCGCCGACCUUAUCCAGCAACUGGGCUCCGUCAGCGCCGUCGCUUUCCAUGAAGAGGUCACUUCCGAAGAGCUGACUGUGGAGAAAGGAGUGAAGGACGCGUGCGCUCGCAUGAAGGUCAAAGUGCACACCUGCUGGGGGUCCACGCUCUACCACCGAGAAGAUCUUCCAUUUCCGCACAUGGCAAGGCUUCCAGAUGUUUACACUCAGUUCAGAAAGGAAGUGGAAUCCAGAAGUCACGUCAGGCCUGAGUUCCCGACCCCGGACCGCCUUAGACCCCUCCCCCAAGGACUGCAAGAGGGAGCCAUUCCCAGCGCGGAAGACCUGCAGCAGACAGAGCCCGUGAAGGACCCACGCUCCGCUUUUCCAUGCGCAGGCGGAGAAAGUCAGGCACUGGCCAGACUUCAGCACUAUUUCUGGGACACGGAUGCGGUGGCGUCGUACAAGGAGACACGUAACGGGCUAGUGGGCGUGGACUAUUCCACCAAAUUUGCACCCUGGCUGGCCUUGGGCUGCAUUUCACCUCGCCAUAUUUAUCAUCAGGUACGCAAGUACGAGAGGGAGCGCACGGCCAAUCAGAGCACGUAUUGGGUCAUUUUUGAGCUUUUGUGGCGAGAUUACUUCAAGUUUGUGGCGCUCAAAUAUGGAAAUCGUCUGUUUCAAGUCAAAGGACUUCAGGAUAAAUCCGUUCCCUGGAAAAAGGACGUGCGGCUUUUCACUGCGUGGCAAGAGGGGCGCACCGGGGUCCCCUUCGUGGACGCCAACAUGAGGGAACUGGCCGCGACCGGCUUCAUGUCCAACAGAGGGCGCCAAAAUGUGGCCAGCUUCCUCACCAAGGACCUGGGCCUGGACUGGAGGAUGGGGGCCGAGUGGUUCGAGUCCCUUUUGGUGGACCAUGACGUGUGCAGUAACUAUGGCAACUGGCUGUACAGCGCCGGGAUCGGAAACGACCCCAGAGAGAACAGGAAGUUCAACAUGAUCAAGCAAGGCCUGGACUACGAUGCUAACGGUGACUUUGUGCGUCUUUGGCUUCCCGAGCUGCAGAAAAUCCGAGGCGCCGACGUCCACACGCCGUGGACGCUCAGCACGGCGACGCUGUCUCACGCCGACGUGUCCCUCGGUGAGACGUACCCGUCCCCGGUCGUGGUGGCGCCCGAAUGGAGCAGACACGUGAACAAGAAAGCGGGCGGCAUCGUGCCGAGGGGGAAGAAAGGAUCGUCUCACCCCCCCAAACAGCAUCGGGACAGAGGCGUUGAUUUCUAUUUCUCCAGAAGCAAGAACCUGAUGUAGCUACCUCGUCAGCAGCACAUGAAUAUUGUACGGCGGGGGGGUUCCUCAGGGCCGCAUGCAUAAACAUGACAUCUUUUUUUAUAAACUGUGUGCUUCAUCUUUUUAUAUCUACUUUCUUUAGUUAGAUUUAAGUGUAGUUUGUCACCUGGAGGUCAGGACUGGAUUUGACCAAGUGUACCUAUUGAUUUGACCUCAUCAAAUGUCAUGACCAGAGUGGGAGGUGCGCAACAAGGUGCGCUGUAUUUGGGGACAUGCUCCGAGCAGCCGGUGU